CCAAGGUAAGGAGGAAGCGUCACCCGGAAGUACUGUGUAUAGCACCAAACAACCGAGCAGCUGUCUACUUGUCUGCAGCUUGUUUUUAUUUUAUUAUUCUACAUCAAAUCCGGAUCGGCUCUCAGUGCUGAAAUGCAACGAGACCUCGGGAUCUCCGGUAGCACGUAAAGCCCGCGAUGCCAGCAGACGAAACGGUGUGUUUAUAACGUGUUGGAGUGCUAGCUACUUAGCCCAGCGUUGCUAGCCAGGCCACAGGCAAACAUCAUUUCAUUUGCGUUCGCGUAGAUGCUAUGGUAGCCAAGAAGGACGCUUAAACGGGAAUUCCUUGUUUAAUGAGAGCAAGAUCGUUGACUUUAGCUACAAAAACAACGUUGGUGGCAUGUUAUGCACAAAUAUCCACUGCAAGUGAAAGUGCACUAAAAGUUAAGGCUGGUAGCUUGUAGCGUUGGUGAAGAGCUUGGAAGCCCUGCGAGAAGUGUGCAGCGAUGGACGACUUCAUCUCGAUCAGCCUGCUGUCCCUGGCCAUGUUGGUGGGCUGUUAUGUCGCCGGGACAAUUCCUCUAGCGGUCAACUUUUCAGAGGAGAAGCUGAAGCUGGUGACGGUGCUCGGCGCGGGCUUGUUGUGUGGGACCGCGCUCGCCGUCAUCAUCCCUGAAGGCGUGCACGCUCUUUACGAAGAAAUCCUAGAAGGUGCCCACCACGAGGCGGGCCAGGUCGGGGCGGUGGAAGGGCUUGACACCAAGGGGGCGUCAGACGUGGUUCUGGUGUCGGGCGGCGAGCAUGGCCACGGUCACGGCCACGCCCGCGGCCCCGACUCGCUGCACGCCUACAUCGGCGUGUCGCUGGUGCUGGGCUUCGUCUUCAUGCUGCUGGUGGACCAGAUCGGCAGCUCCCACAUGCACAGCAGCGACGCCCAGGACCCUGAGGCCGCCCGCAUCGCGUCCUCCAAGAUCACCACCACCCUGGGCCUGGUGGUGCACGCCGCAGCUGACGGAGUCGCCCUAGGGGCAGCAGCAUCCACCUCCCAGACCAGCGUCCAGCUCAUCGUGUUCGUGGCCAUCAUGUUGCACAAGGCCCCGGCGGCGUUCGGCCUGGUCUCCUUCCUGAUGCACGCCGGUCUGGAGAGGAACCGGAUCCGGAAGCACCUCCUGGUCUUCGCCCUCGCCGCGCCCGUCCUCGCCAUGCUCACCUUCCUGGGCCUCAGCCAGAGCAGCAAGGAGGCGCUCUCGGACGUCAACGCCACGGGCGUGGCCAUGCUGUUCUCCGCCGGGACCUUCCUGUACGUGGCCACCGUCCACGUCCUGCCCGAGGUGGGCGGGACCGGGCACAGCCACGCCCCCUCCCCCGCCGCCGGGGGCAACGGGGGGGGCGGGAAGGGACUGAGCAAGGUGGAGGUGGGGGCGCUGGUGCUGGGCUGCCUCAUCCCACUCGUCCUGUCAGUGGGACACCACCACUAAGGGCAGGACCCCCCCCUCCCCCCCUCUCCCCAAGACCACCAGACCGAUCGGACCCAAAGGACUCUCUGGAGCACUUGUGGCUCCUCCCCCCCCCACCCCCUUCUUCUCCUCAGACCCUCCCCCCUUUUUGCGUUCUCCUCUCCUGUCGAUAGACUUGUUGGUUCAAGCCGGCCCCGGGGGUCGUGUGGGACACCUGGUGGCCCGGAGGGGAACUGCGACGGAUUACUGCACCGUCCGCCGUAGCGUGACGUCGUGACGAUGUCACGCGUCUGGUCUCCACGGUCGCCGCCCCACACAGGUGGCCUGCGGUCGCUGCUAGUCUCCAAGGCCGCACGUCGUCCAUCUCUGAGUCCAUCUGAAAUCUAGAUUUUGUUUUCUAUGGGUUGUACAGACCGGGGUUGGAACUAGUAUCCUAUGUGGGGGGGGGGGGGGGGGCUUAGGGGGGUUAGUUGUAGGCUUAAUCGAAUGUGUAAGUGCCAUAGUAUCUGUAGGAAAUCUCUUUGAGACGGUUCUCUUCGGGCAGACACCUUUUUAGUUGCGGGUCAAAGGUGAUUUAUGUUGGAUAUCUCUUUUGAACCAAUCAAGUCGUUUGUUGUGUCCGAUGAUCCCUCCCCACCCACCCCACCCCCAUUGGUGGACGGACCACAUGUCCUCCUGUACUUGGGUCCCAUGUUGGGAAGAAACGUCUCGUUUUCGGCGCGGGUCUGUCUGCAGGCAGACCUGCGGAUGAUAUUACUGAGUGAGGGGGAGGGGGGGGGUCUGUUGUUUACGUACCUCGCUUCACUGGUCCCGCCUGUGUACUCCAACGGAAGCAGCCAAACACAUCUCCAUCUCCCCAUGGUGUACUUGAUGCGCUGGUUCCAACGGUAGCGUUACGGGACACACUUAACGGAUUCGACUAUCAGGAUCCCUAUAACCAAACCCAUGGAAGACAUCGGUCGCUGGUGACGUCAUCAUCACUACCGACCGACACUCUAACGUCACUGACCCACUGUGUCAUCAUGCACGUCACACAGUGUCGACAGACAGACAGACAGAGACACACGCACACAGAGACACCAACACACACACACACACACACAAGAUGGGGAUACGGGCCUGAUUUACCUUAGAGGCCAUCCUGGUUCUAGCUGGGUGCGUGCGUUCACCCUGCUAGCGGCCAGGUGAUUUGGGCCAACUACGGCCAUGUUUGUACGUUGUACAUGUAUGUAAACUGUAUAGAAUGGGUCUUAUGUUUUCCACAUCUGCUGUCCUGCUUUCCGUACCAGACCAGUUGGGGAAAUACCUGGGCUCACCUAAGUUUAUUUAGUUGUUAUCACAGCGAGGGACUUGUGAGUGCGCAGGAGGGAAAAGGGUCUUUGAUAACGAGGAGGACACGAGACACUCCUCUUAAAAAGGGUUUUAAGUGUAACUUGAUGUUAGAUGAUAUUCCUUUUUUUGGAAAUAACCGUUUUUCAGGAACCUGGUUUGACGCAUGCAGAUUCUCUUGCUGCAUGGUUCUCUUUUCUUUACAAUAACUUUAUUUACAACUACUCAGUGACGUAUUGAAGACGGACUUUGGGAAGGACAAAAUGGCUGCCCGUGACGGCAGCAGGGGCAGACGAUUGGCCCCUUUCUUUAGGCCAAUCAGGGACAGACGAUGUUCUUCACAGGCCAAUCAGUCGGCAUCAUGUAAACAAAACAACGUCGUCUUCGACUAAUCAAAUGACUUUUUCCCCAGCCGUGGUCAGAAUGUACCGGGGGUCUCUGUAUGGGCGGUCCUAGAGAUAGGGGUUAAUGUCAUAGAAACAGACCUAGUGGUGCAUUGUCGGUCGGUCGGUUGUGGGGGUUCUGGGGAGAGCUCCGUCGCGGGAUGAUGUCACACGAGGGGGGGGGGGGGGGGAUUGUCUUCUCUGUCAUUCCUUUAUGAAUUCUGCCUUAUUUCCAUUUUCCUUCUGAUUGUGAGAAAGUUGUAAAGCAACGUGUUUUAUGACUAUUAAAGCUUUUUUUGUUUUACAUUGUU